UCAGGGAUGGCAGCAGAUGAAGCGAGGGCUCUCUGGCCACGGAGCCGCCUGGGCCUUUGGGCUGCGGGGCCCUCGGGAGUCCCUUAGGGGUCUGUGUCCUUCCUUCCCAGCCUGGCCUUCCCGGUCUUCCUGCCGGGCAGAACGGGGCUGGACUCGAUGGCCUCCGGGACCCUUUCCGGCGGCGAAGGGAAAGGAGACGGAGGCGGGCCAAGGACUACAUCUCCCAGCGGGGCUUGGCUGGCGUCACGUGGGAACAACGCGCCAGAGGCGUGUCGCGUGUCAGGACUCGGGGCGGGGAAAGGCUGGAUUGAAUGAAGCCCUCGCCUUCGCCUUCGCCUUCUCCGGGAGGAGCGGGUCCGGGAUGGAGCCCCAGGAGGCGGGCAGCGUCUCGUCGGGACGGGCGCCUGACACGCGUCAGGUGGAGGUACCAAGAAGGAUAUCUCGGAUGGUUGUUGGACCAGAGGAGGUGACAUUUGAAGAUGUGGCUGUCAAUUUCUCUACUGAGGAGUGGACUACCUUGCAAGGCUGGCAGAAGGAGCUACACAAGGAAGUGAUGCUGGAAAACUACACUUUGCUUCUCUCAGUGGGAUGUUCUGUCCCCUCAGUGGAGUUUUCCUCCUUAAUUUCUCAACUGGAAGGAGCCACAGAGGACCAGAAACUAGGCUGGGCUGAUAGAGAAAACCAAUGUAGAGGAGGUAGACCCUCUUUUCCAGACGAUCUGGAAGGACCAUGGGACUUGGAGGGCAUGAAUCACAAAGAGGACCGGUGCCUGACUCCAACUAAUGACGGGGAUGGUGAGCAUCAGAGCAGCUUUCACCUGUGCGCCCUCAUGAAACUGGUCAAGGAAAUUCCCGAAUUUCUCUAUGGGCACGGAAAAGCCCCCCAAGACCCCAUUGUUGUUUCCGAUGAUGAUGGCAGUGAAUCUGAGGCGCAUGGCGAUGUGAAAGCCAGAGAGCGAAAGGAGCGCUUCUAUCACCUGGGCCUACAGGGCAAUAUGGCUGACAUUCUCCAGGGCCCACUCAGCCCUCCAUAUUCACUUGCCAGCAGCACAGAGGAGGAAUGGAUAGAGUCUCAGAUUCAGGAAGUGGCAACAAACACAGAUCUUGCUGGAGAAGGGAACCCGGCCCAUCAUUUGCUGAAGUGUGAAACGGAAGCCCCCCUCAACCUGCCAUGUCAGUUUGGGGUACAGAAUGGGAGCCCCCAAUCAGAGAUGAAGGCGGAGGCUUGCACAGAGAGCACAGCAGACACGCUCCUCAGAGGACUCCCUGUUCAUGAGGAGGAUGGAGAACAGGAGGACAGGGCAGGAGGCCAUGAUUCUCUGGAGAAUGGUGCAAGCAGAGACACAGAGCCAAGCAGAACAGAAGCUGGAGUUGGAGAAGAGCAUCCACCGAAAGAACCCAUUGCAGAUCCUGGCCAUCAGCUGUUACCCAGUUUGCAGAAGAAAGCUGAGUUGGACUGCCCUUCCCUGCUCACCCCUUUCAGCAGUGUUAUUGGGUCUGGCAAUUCUUCCUCGAAAGACUUGAAGGGACCUGAGACAAUGAAUAUGAGACCUGAUAAGGAAGAUGCUUCUGAACAGGUGUCUUUGAACAUGGCACCAGAGAUGAAAGCUGAGGAGAAGCCCCUCCAUGGUCUCCUGAAGUGCCUGAAGGAACUCAUUGUCCACCAGCCCCAACAACCACCCCGUAAACCUCCUCUUGGUGGCUGUCAAGAAACCCUUGGACACAGAAGAAGGGAUGUGGGGAGUGGUGGAUCGCCACCCAUCCAAGUUAAAACUGAAGCAAUGGAAGAGGGGCCACUUGCCCAUAGUCCACGGAGGAAAGGAGCUGGUCCUCCUCUUACUCCAAGAGGCAAUCUUUUCCAGACAGAAGGAAGCGGGAGAAUAAAUGCACCACAAGUGAAGGGUGACUUCCCCCUUGCAAGAGUAAAAGUCAAGCGGGAAAAGAACAGUCCCCCACUUCAAUCCAGUAACUCUGCCAACAUCUCUGGACCCACUGGCCAAGAGAGGAGAGCUGAGGAGACCAGUGCCUUGGGCAUGAAAGUUAAACUGGAGGCUGGAGAUGAGGGAGAGGACAUCCCCUUUUCAGCCCUGAAAGGACCCCCAGAAGAGGAGGAAGAGGAAGAGCAAUAUCUCCAGCCCUGCUUGUUGAAUAGUGGCUCCUCUCACAGUGGUGCAGAGCCCAGGAUGGAUCUGGGCAUCUGGGCCCCGUAUCCAGAGGAGUGGAGUCCAGCCACUAGCCCUCUCCAUGGCCUCUUGAAGUGCCUGAAAGAAAUCCCCGUCCCUGGGCCACCCUCUUCUAAACUGUUCCCGGGAAAAAGAGCGACACCAGCAUCCGAAGGAAGAGGAGGAGAAGAAGAAGGAGGGAAAGAGAGAAGGAAAGGGGGAAGAAAAGGAAGGCUCGACCUGCGCAGUGAAUGGGCGACACCAGAGAAGAUAACCCAUUGCCCCACAUCACCUGUGGUAACAGGCUGUGGACUUGGCAAUCCCUUGCAAGGCCUGGAGCAAUGUCUGAAGGAGGUCCCUCCAAAUGCGUCCCCGAGCCAACCGUCUUCGCCGGGCAUCAGUUCCUCCAUCGGCAGUUCCCCGGACAGACUCCCAAGAUGGAUGGCAGAGAGGGGGAAAUGGACAAGGAAGGAAGAUGGGCUUGGCCAAAACAGUGGCUCACUGCAAGGGCUGGAGAGGUGCUUGAAGGAGCCCCCCUUGAGGUCACAUAGCCAGUCCUCUUCCCCAGCCGUCAGCUCCUUCAGUAGCUCCUCAGAUGGGCUCCACCGAUGGACGCCAGAGGCAGGGAGGUGGUCCAGGAAGGAGGAAGGAAUUAGCUGCAACAGCACACCUUUGCAAGGCUUGGAGCAUUGUUUGAAAGACCUGCCUCAGACGAUGACAGCCACCCAGCCCUCUUCGCCAGCGGUCAGUUCCUGCUUCAGCAGUUCCCUGGAUGGACACAGAUGGACGCCAGAGCAAGUGAGGUGGACCAGGAAGGAGGAAGGUCUUAGCCAUAACAGCACUCCCUUACAGGGCCUGGAGAACUUCCUGGAGGAGCUUCCGGGGACUACAAAUAACCAGAUCUUCUUGCCAGCCGUCAGCUCCACUGUUGCCAGCUCUUCCGACAGAUAUCACAAGCCAGAAGGUGGGGAAUGGUCAGCAAAGGAGGGAGGUCCAAGACCCUCUGGGAUCCCACCUCUUCAAGGCCUGGAGAACUGCCUGAAAGAGAUUCCUAUAAAUCGAAAUCCAACUCGAAAUUCAGUUGUUGCAGCACACAACGUAUGUGUCCAGAAGCUGAAGGGAACAGAAAUGACAUCCCAGAAGCCAUGGAAAAGAGGUGGUGGUGCUUCCAGCAACCUCCCGCUGUGUCCCACAAGCUGCAUCUCUGACUCUGUUGACCAGGAAGCCAAUGCAGAAAGCUCUCCCCUCCACAGACUGAUGAAUUGCCUGAAAGAGAUCCCUAUCCAAAGGCCGAGUUACCUCAAUACACCGAACGUUUUUGCUUUUACUUCCAACUGGAGUGAAAUUGACAAGGUCCAGCAGAGCCUCCGGACCAGGACCUGGUCGGACCAUGGCCAAGAGACAUACCAAGGAACUGGGGCGGACGAAGUUGUUAGACAAAAGGAGAUGGAGUCCCGGAGGAUGGAGAGGAGUCCACCGAUAGUCCUUUCUUCUGAGGAUGAGAGGCUGGAGGAAAGGAGGCUCCCUGCCCCACGGCUGCCCUCGGCUUCCCCACUCUAUGGCCAGGAGAGUUGCUUGAAGGGCCUUGCUGUGAGCCAAAUGCUCAGCUCCCACGUUCCUCCUGCCAGACCUGUUGACACUUGGCAGCAUGGAGUGUACAGGGGACCCGAGGCAGGGAAUGCUGGAUUAUGUCCUCCAGCUCUAGGAGGAAACAACAGUGAUCCAGAGCACUGCCCAAGAAAUACAUCAACACCAGCAACUAGUACUUGGAAUUGUUCCACCACACCAACCCAGGACUCCUUUGGAGAAAUUGAGGCGGUGUGCAGCAACCUGGGAGUACAGCAUCCCCCUGCUGAAGCAGAAAAGAAAGGGGCAGCGACUUCAACAAGAGGGUCUUCAAAGCCACUUUCUAGCAGUGCAACUCCGGACAACUCAAAGCAAGGGGAAUGGGACAUACAGACCAACACAGACUCAAGAGAAAAAGAGGCAGCAACUGAGGGCAGCCCCCUCCAGGGCCUGAUCCAGUGCCUCAAGGAGAUCACCACAAGAGGCCCCAGCCCUGGCUUCUCCAAUUGCUCCCUGGCCAGAAAUGCACAAGGAGAGUCAGGGCAUGAACAGGUUGAGGAGGAAGAAGAGGAAGAGGAGUCCAAUCUCAGGACGGCAUCCAAGGAAGGUCUCAGGCGGGUUGUGAAGGAAAAGCCCCCAAACAGAGCUAUUGCCGACCCCUUACUCCUGAGCAGCUCACAAAGGGAGCCUUCAAAAAGGAUGCCAUCCCCUGAGGUUGGCAACAGUUGUGGAGGUGCCACCCCCAUAAGUCCUCCCGCCUGUGGCUUGGGGAGCUGCUCCAAAGGGAAUGAACAUCUAUGUGCGAUGAGUCGGAGUUUGCUCGCAUUUAAGCCUUGCGUGCCAAAGUGGAGCCAUUCUAACUCACCUGCGAGCGGAGAGAAAAGAGCGCUUGUGACAGCGAGGGACGAUGACAGCCCGGCUUUAGUUGCGAUAUCCUGCAGUUUUGAAUCCCGAGGUGAAGCUGAGUCAGGAAACCCUUCGAAGAAAAGGUGCCCUAGUCUUGACCCAUCUUCACCCCUCUGUAGCUGGGAAAAUGGGAAACCUCCGGCAGGCAAAGAGGAGAUUGGUGACCUUGGAGCUGUCUUGUCCAAGAAGCUUGACCGCUUGUCUGCGGACAUGAGCUCCAUCUGCAGGGACGUUUCCCAGCUGCAAAAUCACAUGGACAGGCUUGAACAGGACUCUCGGGGCUGGGUUCUGGAGCUGGCCGCUCUCCGGAUGGAAAAUAGGAGCCUCUGCGAAUAUGUCCGGCGGAUGGAAGGCCGUUGCCGCACUCUCGAGAACCGUUCCCGCCGCAAUAACCUCCGCAUCCUUGGGUUGCUGGAGGGAGUCGAAGGCAACGAUGCCGUCUCCUUCUUGCAGCGGACUCUUCCUGCUAUCCUGGGGUUCCCCCCAGAGGGCCUGCCCUUAGAGAUCGAAAGCGCCCGGCGGGUUCCCGGGGGUGCAUCCUGGGACCCCAGCGGAAGGCCCCGCCCGCUGGUCUUUCAUUUGCUGCGCUUUGCUGACAAGACUGCCAUUUUGCAGGCAGCCCGCGCACGACCCCUCAGCUACGCCAGUGUACAGGUCACCAUCUUGCCAGACUUCUGUUCCUCACUUUCUCAGCGCAGGAGGGUCCCGUUUGGAACAUUUCGGAGGACCAGAUGGGUAACAGACCUCUGCUUUGGCCCCAAACAUCCCUCUUGUUGUUAUCCUUGGACCCGCCAUGUAAUGCGACAACCAACACUUGGCAACUCAGGUCCCCUUGCAGGCGAGAGGGAAGGGAGGGUUUCUAAAGGACCGGGGACAGGAAACUGGGAUACAGAUCCAUUGGCAGGACCAGAGUGCCUUGGGGGGUGCCAUUCUGCAAGCACCUGUGAACCACAUAACCCAUGAUGCUGUGCUGUAGGAAAGCCCAGAAGGGGGAUCAAACCAGCUUGCUUCUUGCAGUUGCAUCCAAUUUGACUGAGUGUCCUGGGAAAUUCAGUGUGUUCAGUAUAGCCAAGCCUUUCCCAAUCUGGUAUCUCAUCCCGUUCCCAUUGUCCUCAGCCAGCAAACCCAGUAAAAAUCUGGUGGCUGCACUCCAUCUAUGGGAGGUGAAACUUCUUCCCCCUGAAGUGGUUUUGUGGGGAGCAACACAAAACCUUAUUUUGGGUGUUGGGUGUCUACAGAAGAAGGCAUGGGAUUAGCCGUGGCUAUGUUUUCCAAGAUGUUUUGUUUUUUAUAUUUUUAAUGUAUUGCUUCUUAAGAUAUUUUAUAUUGGUAUUUUGUUUCUAUGUCUUGCUGUUAAUGUACUCAAUGCCUUUGUGGGGAGAAUAGGCUAUAAAAC